UGCCUUCCCGGCGUGCGUGGUGGUUUCUCCUAGUUACUGAGAUGGCGGCGAUCGGCGUUCACAUUGGGGCCACGUGUAGCUGUGUGGCCAUUUAUAAGGAUGGUCGAGCUGAUGUUGUAGCAAAUGAUGCAGGUGACCGUGUUACCCCAGCAGUCGUUGCUUACAGAGAAAAUGAGAAGAUUGUGGGCUUGGCAGCAAAGCAAGGUAGAAUCAGGAAUGCGUCCAACACUAUCGUGAAAGUGAAACAAAUUCUAGGCAGACGUUUUGAUGAUCCUCAAGUUCAGAGGCAUGUGACAGAAAGCAAAUGUUCUGUGAUUGAAAAGGAUGGUAAACCUAGAUAUGAGCUUGAUACUGGGGCAGAGCGUAUGAUUGUCCCCCCAGAAGAAGUAAUGAAGUUGAUAUUUGCGAAAAUGAAGGAAACUGCACAAUCAGCAUUGGGCUCAGAUGCAAAUGAUGUUGUCAUAACUGUCCCACUAGACUUUGGGAAGAACCAAAAAAAUAUUUUAAGACAGGCAGCCCAGGCAGCUGGUUUCAAUGUCUUACGGUUGAUUCAUGAACCUGCAGCAGCUCUUCUUGCAUUUGGAGUUGGACAGGAGUCGUCUACUGAGAAAAGCAAUGCACUGGUUUACAAACUUGGUGGAUCAUCACUAUCUGUUACAAUAGUAGAGGUGAAUAGUGGCAUGUACAGAGUCCUUGCCUCUCACACUGAUGACAGCAUAGGAGGAGAGUGUUUCACAAAAGCCUUGGCACUGUAUUUAGCUUCAGAAUUCCAGAGAUUGUUUAAGCAUGAUGUCAGGAGCAGUAUGAGAGCCAUGAUGAAGCUCAUUAACAGUGCUGAAGUUGCUAAGCAUACAUUGUCAACUUUGGGAAGUUCCAACUGUUUUUUGGAUUCACUUCAUGAAGGGUUAGAUUUUGACUGCAGCAUAUCCAGAGCAAGAUUUGAAUCUGUAUGUUCUGCGUUGUUUAUUCAAAGUGUUCACCCUAUUCAGAAGCUUGUAGAAGAAGCUGGACUUUCUCGAAAUGAAAUAUCUAAGGUUGUUCUUUGUGGGGGCUCUGCUCGUAUUCCAAAAUUACAGCAAAUGAUUCGAGAUCUGUUCCCAGAUGUGGAUCUGUUAAACUCCAUCCCCUCGGAUGAAGUGAUAGCUGUUGGUGCAGCUAUUGAGGCUGCAUUGCUACUCGGGAAGGAGAACAGUUCGUUGGAAGAGGAAUCAGUAAUUGUGGAGUGCUCUGCACGUAACAUUGUUGCUAAGGAGAUUGAUGAGUCUGGAUCUGAUACAUACAAGCUAGUAUUUCCAUCGGGUACUCCGUUACCAGCAAGAAAACAUCAUGCUUUUCAGGCACCGGGAAAUGUUUCUUCUGUCUGUCUUGAACUGUAUGAGUCUGGGGAGAAAGGAUGUGAUCCAGAAAGAAACAAAUUGGCACAGAUUGUACUGAAAGAUUUACAACUGAAGGAAGAUAGCAACCGUGACAUUCUAACAGUUCUCACCAUGAAAAGGGAUGGAUCACUGCAUGUCACUUGUACAGAGCAAGGAACAGGAAUUUCAGAGGCAAUCACCAUAGAUGCUGCAUCGUAGAUGAUUGAUGAGGAACGAACUUUUGUAAGCUCAAAAUCCAUGUGUUGUUGAAAGACACACCCUACUUGAGACCACUGUUCCUGACAUGUACUCACUUACCUUGAUUGAUGAAGAGACGCCACCAACAUAUAAUCUGCUCCCAUUCUCGACUCUGAAUAAAUGUUCUUUUGGUUGUUUUAUUUAUCUAUGAAAAUCUGAACUAUGGAUUGAAUACUGAGCCAACUUUGAAUGUGCAGGUGCAGGUUUAAUAUUGCAACAUAAAAUGACAACGAAAUAAUGUGAUUGCUGGAAAUUUGAAAUAAAUAUGAAAUGGUGGAAAUGCCCAAUGGGUUGUACCGCAGCAGCAGGGAGAGUAAUGGAAUUAAUUUUUUUGUUGACUUUGAAGUUGUUAUGAAAUUUAUCAUAACCGAACAUUGUCCUUAAUUUAAAAUCGGCUCCAUGCUCAAAAAUAAAAAAAUAUUUUCUUGGAUCAAAGUGGGUGUAGUGUAAUUAUCCUAGAAACUGUUAUCCCAUCAAAUGAAUCCAAUGUGCAUGAGAUGGGAAGUGUUCACACGCAAUUGGUACUUCUUUAACAAAACAGAAAUUGCUGGAGAAACUCAGCAGGUCAGCCAGCAUCCUUGCAGAGAAAGCAGAAUCAACAUUUUCAAUCCAGCGAUCAUUCAAGAUUGGUAAGGUUCAAGGGAAAUGUGUGCUAAACACCAGAGGUGGGAAAGGAGUUGACGAUAGAUGGAAAUGGAGAUGUAGCACUGAGAGAGGGAACAGCAGUUGAACAGACAAAGGAAUGGAUAAUCGUGAACCAGGGAGAAAGAAAAGCUGCUAAUGGGGUAACAAAGUGUGGAGCUGGAUGAACACAG